AUCGUUUGAGACAACGAUAUGGCGUCGGAAAUCUCAACAAGCUACAGCUCCAGCGCGCGAUCAGUCAUGGGUGGUCUGUACAGGAAGAAAGGCAGCAGCGGAUCCAACUCUCCCAGCGACCACCACCACAUCAGCGUUAACUCAUCGAAACCCUCCAUCUCGUCUGUCGGGGGCUUCUACGUCAGCUUAAUGGAAAAUGCCAAGACAUCAUCCCAAGCGCCGUCUUCAACUCGCCCCAAGCAGCAGCACGAACGCAUCAAGGCGUCGUCCAUCGGACCAUGUCCAAAGGACAGCCUGGCCACCUUGGACGCCACGGGCAUGGCUUUGCAAUCGGCCCAAGCGCUGAGCACGUUUGGUGUUGACCGCGGCGAUGUCGACGGUACGGGCAUGCAUUUAUAUAUGUUAACGUGUAGUAGUAGGAGUACUACUACCGGGGGUUCGUACAUGCACAAACCAUCGUGCAUUUCUUGCCCCACCUUGUUGAAUGUAGACAAACUCGUUGGGCAUUGUCGCGGUGAUGCGAGCCAACCCCCAAGACGACCCCACCCAAGUCGUGUGUGUCCAAGAACUUUUGUAUGUGCUACGCCACGACCCGUCGGAUUUCACACUCCACAAACUCAUGACCCACGAUAUUAUUACUUUUCUGUUGAAACUCGUGCGUGAAUUUCGUUUCCACGCGGUCCUUCUAACAGACAUCAUGCACGUGAUGAUGCUACUCGCCAAGUUGGCCGUGGAACAUGCCGAAGUGUUGGUUCGGGAAUCCGCUGGGGCGUUGAUUGCCAAGACCAUGGCGCUGCAUCCGACCGAAGACCGGUUGCAGCAAUACACGACGUCAUUGCUCCAGACGUUGCGAACCACGGCCGUGCCCACAGGCCGAGUUGCUGGCAAACCGGCGGGGUUUGAAAUUGCGUUCUUCAACAACGAGUACGCCGCGUCGAAUCGGCCGGCCACGACGACGUUGUGGACUCCUGUGACAGGGGAAGGCAGUUGUCACAAGCAUCGCGCGAGUCCUCUAGAGCCGUUUCAAUUGGUGAGUGCGAAAUCGCAGGCGCUGGCCGAGCGCAGUCGAACGCCAGAACUGUCCCAUUCGAAACUUCGACGCGUUCUCUCCAGUCCCAAAGUGCCCACGCUGACGGCCCACAACACGACGUUGCUGACCAACGCCUCGUCUGGAACACAGCAACAUACGAUGGAAAAUGAAGAGAAUGAACUCGUUGCUGCUACGCCGUUGCUGCUUCGACCGGAGAGUUGCCCGACGUUUGAUCAGCUCACGAUUGACCUGGCUACUACCGGCGCGACCCCCAAGCCAUGGUCGAGCCAGUCCAGUUUGCGUCGCAAGCCAGCGACGUCGGUGAAACGGCUGGCCCCGAUGCUGGUGACGACCCCGACAUUGGGGGCGUAUCGGUCGUCCCCACUGUUUGUCGAGCCUCUGGACACGGCCAAGCGCGUGGAUGCCUUGCACGGCCGCAUGAUGUCGACCAGGGGGCCUUGUCGGCCUAGUAUUACUACUACUAAUAGUACUAGCCCCCUCUAUCCCAACCCCAUCGAGCCAACAACCCCGCCUCAACCGUCUUUGUCCAGCCCCAACAACAACAACCAUACGAUUGGCGAAACCAAACCCAAAGAUUUCAUCACCAAAGCCAAAGUCAACCCAGAGUCCCUCCGCGACCACCGAGCUGCCAAGUGCUUGCAGCGGUACUUUCGACGCAUUCUCAAAACGUCUGUACACCAUCAAGCGGCCGCAGCCCUAGUAAUACUAACCACCCCCGACGACGACGAGCUACUACACGACCAACUAGGCCAGCGCGACCAAGACGAGUACGUUCUGCGGACGAUUCAGGCAUCGUUUUGCCGUGGACUGCAUGUCCACAGCCAGCACAAUUAUGACGCCGCACGGGAAGCCUACGAAAGCGCACUGGAAUCGAAAACGUGCGUGUCGUUUGCGUCGGUGGUGGUGAACGUCGGCGCGACGUAUUUGAGCCAGGGAGAGUACCUUAAGGCGCUGGAGGCGUUUGAAAUCGCCCAAAAGAUGCACCCCCACCACCCCAAAGCCAUGUACAACGCGGGGCUGGCCCACUGGCACUUGGGCCAUCCACAGCUGGCCGCGACCAAGUUUACAGCCGUGUUGGCAGCCGAUCCGUCUCAUGCCAAGGCGAUCUACGCCCUGCAUGUCCUUCACACACAGUUCCACGUUAGUGUAUCGUAAAACAGUGUGAUAAUUAUUGUAAAAUAGUAUGGUUGUG